GGAACGCGCCAGGCUGAGAACAGGAAGAGAGGGCGGGGGACAUGUUCGGCAGUGGGACGCACUAUUCCCAUUCUGUUCCUGUUCAAUUUUUCCGUGGCGAUGUUCUCUCGAGUCUCGGUGUUCCUGCCUCUUCGUCCCCUCUCCCGCCUCCCUUUGUCCUCUGGAAGCCGGGAGGUAUCGGCGGCUGCGGUUGUGCUACCCGCUGUUCCGCACGGAACCGUCAGGACAAAAAAUAUUCAAAGAUAUUUUGGCACUAACAGUGUGAUCUAUAGCAAGAAAGAUGAGCAGUCUGUUCCAGCUGGUGAGAGUUCCAGGGAAACUUCAGAGAGCCAAGAUGGUGUAAAGGAGAAUACGAAAAAAGACUUGUUAGAUAUUAUUAAGGGCAUGAAGGUUGAAUUAAGCACAGUAAAUGUACAAACAACAAAGCCACCCAACAGAAGACCACUUCAAAGUUUGGAGGCUACAAUUGGUAGGCUUCGAAGAACUACAGAAGAUACCCCAAUGAAGAGAAAUGAGCCCUUGAGUCCUGAGUUGGUGGCAGCUGCAUCUGCUGUUGCAGAUUCUCUCCCUUUUGACAAGAAGACAACCAAGUCAGAGCUGCUUAGACAGCUCCGACAGCAUGAGGAAGACUCAAGGGCACAGAAGGAUGGAAAGAGACCUAAGAUUAGUUUCAGUAACAUAAUAUCAGAUAUGAAAGUUGCCAGAUCUGCACCUAGAUUUAGUGCAAGACCAAUGCAUCAGAUUCAGUUUGACGAAGGAUUUGACAAUUCUUUUGACCAGGAGGAGACUGCCAAUCUUAGAAAAAGUCUUAGGAAAAAUAUUUUCAAGGGGAAGAGACUUAAUAUUUUUGACAUUAACGCAGUUACUGAAGAAGUACCUGAAACAGAGACAUCACCUUCACUUUGGGAUGUGGAAUUUGCUAAGCAAUUAGCCACAGUAAGUGAACAGCCCUUUCAGAAUGGGUUUGAAGAGAUGAUCCAGUGGACAAAAGAGGGGAAACUGUGGGAGUUCCCAAUUAACAACGAAGCAGGUUUUGAUGAUGAUGGUUCAGAAUUUCAUGAACAUAUAUUUCUGGAUAAAUAUUUGGAGGGUUUUCCAAAACAAGGACCAAUUCGCCACUUCAUGGAGCUGGUGACUUGUGGCCUUUCCAAAAACCCAUAUCUGAGUGUUAAACAGAAGGUCGAGCACAUAGAGUGGUUUAGAAAUUAUUUUAAUGAAAAAAGAGACAUUCUAAAAGAAAGUGGCAUACAGUUCAGUUAAGACCAUGGAAAUUUUUAUUUUGAGCUGUUGGAGAUGGAUGUUAUAACUAAAUAAAAUUAUUUUAUUAGAA